GUCGAAGUCAGCACCCCCUGUAAGUAUCCGCUGCUGCCUCGCGCACCCGCAGCCCGCACAUCUGCCCUGCCAUGUCCCCAACCGCUGACACCUCGCCCGCGCCGUCGCGCGUCCUGGAGGAAACGGACUGGAAGCUGCAACGUAAGCUCAAGCACCACCAGCGCGACGCUGGCCGCCGUUCGGCUGAAAGCCGUGCCGAGCCGCGUUUCAAGCAUCACACGCAUCACCAGCACCGCGCCAACGUCAUGCGGCUUGAAAAAGAGGCGUGGCUGCAUACGACCACCAAGAGCGCACGUCGCAAUAUCCCCGAGCAUGUGCGGCACUCGCCAACGACAAGCGGCAUGCGGGGAGCUCAUGCGUCUCAACUGAGCCGUUCGGCGUCCGCAACCUCGUGGCCACCGGGAAUGGCGGCAACCGAGGAGCUGGCUGAGGCUAUGGACUCACUGUCGCUUGCGUCGUCAGCGCCGUCGACAGCGUACGCCGAAAGACAGGACGAACAGAGACGAGAGGCGCGCCCCAUGACGCUAUUUGAGAGCGCACGCAUCUUCAAUGAGUCGGGUCAGUUGCUCAGCCACGACAACUUUGACGAGCUGGGAUCGUCCCCUGAAAUGAUCGCUGAGGGCACACCCAAGCGCAAGAUCAAGCGUCGCGUAGGACGUCGCAAACACGAGACCAAACGCGUCAACGCAGUUGAUACUCUCAACACUGACCAAGUAGUGCUGGAGCUCAUGUGUCUGCUGUUCCCCGACAUAGAGGUGACGCAGGAGCUGAACGUGCUAUUACUGGGUAGUACCCACCACGAGGACGUUUUCCACUUCGACGAGGACGACAUUGUCGACAUUCCAGCAGCUACCAAGCCGAAAAGCGGCGUUCUGGACAUUGAUCUACUCAAGUUUCAGGCCGCGCUUACAACUAUGCUCUUCAGCUCGGAUUACUCGGUACAGGAGAUGCCAGCGCGCGGAACGUCUGCGGAAAAUCUACAGGAAAUGUUUUUAACGCCACAAUGGAUCGCUCACGAGAUGCUGGCCAUGCUCAAGCUGGACGUCCUCGCUCAGUACGACCGCUUCGCUGUCAUGAACGUGAUUUUUCGCACUAUCCCAGACAAACGACCGUGUAUUCUAACCGCAGCAGCAUCGGCUUCGCUGGCGAUCUUCCAGCACCAGGGUCUGUCGGACAUUUCGCCGCGCGAUACCGACAAGGACCUCGUCACUGUCAAAGGCAUAAUUGCAUUUUUGAACGCAGCAAUGGAUGUCAUUGAACGGGAUGCUCGAUACAACGCCGACGUUUUCGGCAACAGUGAAUAUGAGAUCCGUGAGGCCAUCGGUGCAUUCUGUAACCAGAUCAUGCGCGCGAUCCGGUUACUUGUCCGCAGCUCGCCUGGAGGCAGCGGGAACUCUGAUUCCAAUCGCAACCAGCUUGAGAAAUACGCAGAAUGCAGCGACUCUGCCGAGGCGACGACGUACCGUGCGAUGGGUGAGCUGGUGAACCGGAUGGCCGCAUUCUCUCCUAUGCACGGCGAAGAAUUCCUACGUUGGAUGCUACUCAAGUGGCCACAACGGAACGUGCAGCUGCAGUUAUUCUUCGUACGGUUCACGGGGGGCUUGUUAUCUCAGUUUAUGCGGCUCGGUCUCAUGUUCCCUGCCGACGUCGUGCACCGCGCCUUCACGCGCAUCCAGACUUGUAUUCAGUCGACGCACUUCCUCGUGGCGCAAGAGGCGUGUAACACGUGCGGAAACUUUCAGCUCAUGAGCAUGUACCUGUCGUGCGAUCAGCCCCUGCGAGAGAAGAUCGCGUCAGCGCUGCACGAGAACGCCACCUCCCACUGGAACAAGCGAAUCCGUAAGAUCUCCGACGAGUGUUUUGACAUGCUGCUAGACCUGGCAUGAA